CACCAGCGCCCGACACUUUCACGGAUCAAAAGUCUAUUUCCUCGCCGGUAUCUCGACCCGACGUCGAAAUAUUGCAUGGGUGUAAACCCUGGUAAGUACGAAUCUACCUGAAAAAGCCACCCUGCCACUUUUCCUUUCGCACAUUUUCAUCUCAGGAUGGACGACCUCUUCGAUGUUUUCGAAGACGGCGCGUCUUCGAAUAAUCACGUACCCAAAAAGAGCAAGAAGAGGCAGGCAAAUGGAGACAUCAAGUCGCCAGUCCCAGAAGACGCGCCCAUGGACGAUGCGCCAUCGAACGAGGACCAGGAGACCAAGCGCCAGAAGCGUGACGCCGAACCCGCACCCGUUGUAACCGACGAUUUUGAGACCGAGCAAUCAAGAGAGGUCGCAGCAGCGGCUGGAUUACAAGGGCAAGCGCAACAGGAUGGCAGUGCGGUGGUAUUGUCUCACCAAGUUCGCCAUCAAGUUGCGCUGCCUCCAGAUUAUGACUAUGUUCCGAUCUCAGAACAUAAAGCGCCUUCAGAUCCUGCCCGAACAUGGCCUUUCACCCUAGAUCCGUUCCAACAAGUCUCGAUUGCGUCGAUACAGCGAAAUGAGAGCGUUCUCGUUUCCGCUCACACAUCUGCUGGAAAGACAGUUGUCGCAGAAUAUGCCAUCGCGCAAUGUCUGAAGAACAACCAGAGAGUGAUAUAUACCAGUCCAAUCAAAGCACUCAGCAACCAAAAGUAUCGUGAAUUUCUGGCGGAAUUUGGGGAUGUCGGAUUGAUGACCGGUGACGUCACAAUCAAUCCAACGGCGACUUGCCUGGUCAUGACAACAGAGAUUCUGCGGUCCAUGUUGUACAGAGGUUCGGAGAUCAUGCGUGAGGUUGCAUGGGUGGUGUUCGACGAGGUGCACUACCUACGUGACAAGUCUCGCGGAGUCGUCUGGGAAGAGACCAUUAUCUUGCUUCCAGACAAAGUUCGCUAUGUCUUCCUUUCUGCUACCAUUCCAAAUGCCAUGCAGUUUGCCGAAUGGAUUACCAAAACACACAGCCAACCCUGCCAUGUCGUUUAUACCGAUUUCCGACCGACCCCACUACAGCACUACUUCUUCCCUGCAGGUGCAGACGGUAUUCAUUUGGUUGUCGAUGAGAAGGGAGUCUUCCGCGAAGAAAAUUUCCAGAAAGCUAUGACAUCCAUUGCCGAUAAACAAGGUAGCGCUGCAGACGACUUUAUGGCCAAGAGGAAAGGGAAAGGGAAAGACAAGAAGACCAACAAGGGUGGUAAUAAGGAGCAAUCCGACAUUUACAAGAUCGUCAAGAUGAUCAUGCUGAAGAACUACAACCCCGUUAUCGUUUUCAGUUUUAGUAAGCGAGAAUGUGAGAAUUAUGCUCUCUCGAUGAGCCAGUUGGCUUUCAACGAUGAGUCCGAAAAAGCAAUGGUUUCCAAGGUCUUCGAGAGCGCCAUCGAGUCGCUUUCAGAAGAGGAUCGCUCGCUCCCACAAAUCCAGCACAUCCUUCCUCUACUCCGCAGGGGUAUCGGCGUGCAUCAUUCCGGACUCCUCCCUAUCUUAAAGGAAACGAUCGAGAUCCUGUUCCAGGAAGGUCUCAUCAAGGUUUUGUUUGCCACGGAAACUUUCUCUAUUGGCCUUAACAUGCCCGCGAAGACGGUCGUUUUUACAAGCGUGAGAAAGUUCGACGGCGUUACGCAACGUUGGGUGACACCAUCAGAGUUCAUCCAGAUGUCCGGUCGUGCUGGUCGUCGAGGUCUUGAUGAACGCGGUAUCGUGAUCAUGAUGAUUGACGAAGCGAUGGAGCCCGCUGUGGCCAAAGAGAUUGUGCGUGGACAACAAGACAACCUCAAUUCGGCUUUCUACCUGGGCUACAACAUGAUCCUUAACUUGGUGAGGGUUGAGGGAAUCUCUCCGGAGUUCAUGUUGGAGCGUUGUUUCUACCAAUUCCAGAACACCGCCAGCGUUUCCGGAUUGGAGAAGAAAUUGCAAGAGCUCGAAAACGAGAAAUUGAACAUGAUCAUCACCGACGAGGCCGCGGUCAAGGAAUACUAUGGAAUACGCCAGAGCCUAGAUCUUCUAACGAAAGAUAUGCGGGACGUUAUCAUGCAUCCUAAUUAUUGCCUGCAGUACAUGCAGCAUGGUCGGCUUGUCCGAGUGAAGUACAAGGACCACGACUUUGGUUGGGGCGCCGUUGUCAACGUCACACCAAGGAAAGCGAACAAGGGCGAAGUGUUCUCAGCUCAUGAGUCGUACGUUGUGGAUGUGCUCAUUGCGGUCGCAAACGAUGCCAAAUUCGGAACAAAGGCAAACGAUGGACUGCCGGUGGGUGUACGACCUCCAGGGAUUGGUGAUAAGGGCAAGAUGGAAGUAGUGCCUGUCCUGCUCUCAUGCAUCGAUUCAAUCGGUCACCUUCGAGUUUUCUUGCCCAAUGAGUUGAAGUCCGCAGAUCAGAGGAAUAACGUCCGGAAAGCGUUGGACGAGGUCAAAAGGAGAUUCCCCGAUGGUAUCGCCAUUCUUGACCCCAUUGAGAACAUGGGUAUCACGGAUGAAUCAUUCAAAAAGCUACUCCGAAAAAUCGAGGUUAUGGAGUCACGUCUCAUGACGAAUCCCAUGCACUCUUCACCAAAGCUGGCCGAGCUGUACACACAGUACUCAACGAAAGUGGAACUUCAAGAGAAGAUCAAGAGCGUGAAGAAAGAAAUCUCCAGUGCCCUUUCGAUUAUGCAACUCGACGAACUCAAGAAUCGGAAACGAGUCCUGCGUCGAUUAGGCUUUAUUGAUGACGCAGACGUCGUCCAGAUCAAGGCGCGAGUCGCAUGCGAGAUCAGCACCGGCGAUGAGCUGGUUCUGAGCGAGCUUCUUUUCAACCGAUUCUUCAAUGAAUUGACCCCCGAACAAUGUGCUGCUUGCUUGAGUUGCUUUAUUUUCGAGGAGAAGAGCAACGAGCAACCAGCCUUGAAGGAGGAGCUUGCCAAACCGUAUCGUGAGAUACAGGCUCAAGCAAGGAUUAUCGCAAAGAUAUCCCAAGAGAGCAAGUUGACGGUGAACGAGGAAGAAUACUUGAACACCUUCAAGUACCAGCUGAUGGAGGUUGUUUUUGCAUGGGCCAAGGGAGCAUCUUUCGCGCAGAUAUGCAAAAUGACGGACGUCUACGAAGGCAGCUUGAUCCGGUUGUUUAGGCGCCUGGAGGAGCUUCUCCGCCAAAUUGCCCAAGCAGCCAAGGUCAUGGGCAGUGAAGAGCUUGAGGAGAAAUUCACCAAGGCGCUUGAGUUGGUGAGGAGGGACUUGGUGGCCGCCCAGUCAUUGUACCUGUAAAGGAUGCAAUGAGUCGGCUUCCCUAGUCUGGCGGCAACCCCACGCAGAGGAUGGGGGGAGGUUGCCACCUUUCAAAAGUCGCCCUGGUCUAAUAGUGGAUCUCCGCAAGGGCACAAAUGUAUUACAUAGGUAGCAUGGGUAUCGGCGUUCUGUGGCGGCACAGUUGAAUAUACAUCUUACACACUGCAAGGUAAGGUGAUAUGGAUGUGUUUUGGUCUCCUUAAUGUAGGGAACUUUGUACAGCCCAGCUGCACGGACUGGUGUUGGAAUAAGCCAGGAGACUAUGGCGGUUUCGACAAGGUAAUAAGCUGCAGCAACAAUCCGAUGGUCCGGGAAAUUAGAUCAGACUAUGCAAGAAUCUGAAAUUCCAUUCCUU